ACAAAGCCGUCAGAUGCGAGCGAGACGCGGCUGCGCAUGUUUCUACCGGGCUUUACGUUUUUUUUGAACGUGUCUUACCGCUAAAAUGACUAAUUCCGCAAUGCUUUCGACGUAACAGCAGUUCAAAAGACAAAAUGAAGUGUAAGUUCUUACAUUUAGUUCCGUGAGUGUUGAUUAUUGAGUGAUCAAACGACACAGCAGAAGUAUAACAAAUGUGUGUGAUCCAUGUGUGAAUGUUGUGCUACAAGAUGUGGUCGAGAAACUUUAUACCGGAUUAUGGGAUUAAAUUGCUGUCUGCCGCUGUUCUGCUGUGGACAUUAGCAGCCAGGAUCGACGGUGUCGAAGGUUUCGUGUCCUGUUCGCCGUCUCCGUGCAAGAACGGUGGCACAUGUCUGUCCACACCCCGAGGAGAAUAUUUCUGCAACUGCACGUCUCGCUUUGCCGGAGAAUUCUGCCAGCAUCUCAACCCGUGCCACAGCGAGUCGAGUCCACGAUGCCAGAACGGGGGCUCCUGUAGGGUCCGGCCUGGCAUCAGCGGCGCGCCACCAUCCUUCGCCUGCGACUGUCCUCUGGGCUUCAGCGCGUCUCUGUGCGAGAUCAGGGUCCCGACCGCCUGUGAUUCCGCGCCUUGUCUCAAUGGAGCUACCUGCAGGCUUACGUCCUUGUCUACGUACGAGUGUGACUGUCCACCUGGAUACACAGGUCCUGAAUGCUCGCACGAAGAUCAUUGCGCCUCCCAACCGUGUCGCAAUGGAGGACGUUGCGUGGCAGACAAUACAACGACGGCUGGGUACUCCUGCGUCUGUCCACCUGGUUUCACCGGCUCCCGAUGUACUGAAGACGUAGUGGAGUGCUCGAGUGGAUCGGGGCCAUGUCAUCACGGCAGAUGUUUUAAUACUCAUGGCUCAUACACUUGCGUGUGUGAGCCGGGGUACACAGGGAGGGACUGUGAUGCGGAAUAUGUCCCAUGCGAACCGUCACCCUGUCUCCAUGGUGGAAGAUGUACCCCUCUGGACCAGCUCCGAUACGAAUGCGAUUGUCCUAGUGGAUACCGAGGCCAGAACUGCGAGAUCGACAUCGACGACUGUCCCGGACACUUGUGUCAGAACGGCGCCACUUGUGUCGACGGACUGAACAGCUACACUUGCAAGUGUCCUCCGACGUUCACCGGCACCCUCUGCGAAACUGACGUCGAUGAAUGCGCUUUGAGGCCUCUUGUAUGUCAAAACGGAGCGACCUGCACUAACACAGUCGGUGGCUUCUCGUGCAUCUGCGUGAACGGCUGGACUGGCCCUGAGUGCUCCACAAACUUCGACGACUGCCUCGGAGCCGCCUGCUUCAAUGGCGCCACGUGCAUCGACCGGGUCGGGGCGUUCUACUGCAAGUGCACGCCUGGGAAGACCGGUCUGCUUUGUCACCUGGACGACGCUUGCACUUCGAACCCGUGCCACGCGGACGCCAUCUGUGACACAAGCCCCAUCAACGGAUCCUACACCUGCUCCUGUGCGUCCGGAUACAAGGGCCUGGAUUGCUCCGAAGAUAUCAACGAAUGCGAACAGGGUUCUCCAUGCGAGCACGACGGCAUUUGUGUGAACACCCCUGGUUCCUUCGCCUGCAACUGUUCCGUUGGGUUCACGGGUCCUCGCUGCGAGACCAACGUGAACGAGUGCGAGAGCCACCCCUGCCGGAACGACGGCUCGUGCUUGGACGACCCUGGCACCUUCCGAUGUGUCUGCAUGCCUGGUUUCACUGGCACACAGUGCGAAGUGGAGAUAGAUGAAUGUGCCAACGACCCCUGCCUCAACGGAGGCGUGUGCCAUGACAUGAUCAACGCAUUUAGAUGCACUUGUGUUAUCGGGUUUACCGGUGCCCGGUGUCAGGUGAACAUUGACGACUGCGCGUCCAGCCCCUGCCGGAAUGGAGGUUCCUGCCACGAUUCCAUAGCUGGGUACACGUGCGAGUGUCCUCCUGGGUACACUGGCAUGUCUUGCGAGACGAACAUCAACGACUGCCUAUCAGCGCCGUGUCACCGCGGCGAGUGUAUCGACGGAGAUAACAGCUUCACCUGUAAUUGUCACCCGGGAUAUACUGGCAGAGUGUGCCAGACGCAGAUCAAUGAAUGCGAGUCCAACCCUUGUCAGUUUGGAGGUCAUUGCGAAGAUCUAAUUGAUGGAUACCAAUGUCGUUGCAAGCCCGGUACAUCGGGCAAAAACUGUGAGGUCAACGUGAAUGAAUGCUACUCCAAUCCCUGCAGAAACGGAGCUACAUGCAUUGAUGGGAUCAACAGGUACACGUGCGAAUGCAUCCCCGGCUUCACGGGGCAGCACUGCGAGACCAACAUCAACGAAUGCCUGCCAAACCCUUGCGCCAACGGCGGGAAAUGUAUCGACAGAAUCAACGGAUUCCGAUGCGAAUGCCCUAGAGGAUACUACGAUGCGAGGUGUCUCUCUGAUGUAAACGAAUGUGCCUCAAAUCCAUGCACCAACGGAGGCAGCUGUGAAGACGGAGUGAACCAGUUUAUUUGCCAUUGUCUGCCGGGUUACGGAGGUCAACGUUGCGAAAGAGAUAUUGACGAAUGCAGCUCCAAUCCUUGCCAACAUGGAGGCACUUGUCACGACAGGCUGAACGCUUACAAAUGCGACUGCGUUCUUGGUUUCACUGGUGUGAACUGCGAGACUAACAUUGACGACUGCGCUGGCAAUCCUUGCCUUCACGGCGGUUCAUGCAUCGAUCUCGUUAACGGCUACAGAUGCGUGUGUGCACCGCCGCACUCUGGACGGAACUGCGAGAAUACGCUAGACCCUUGUUCACCUAACCAAUGUCGCCACGGUGGCCGUUGCAUCGCCGAAGCUUCUUACGCGGAAUUCACCUGCCAAUGUCCCGUGGGAUGGACGGGAGCUCUCUGCGAACGAGAUGUGGACGAAUGUGCCGUGACAGCGCCUUGCCAUAACGAAGCGACCUGCAUCAAUACUGAAGGAUCGUACGCCUGCCUUUGCGCGAGAGGAUACGAGGGCAAAGACUGCGCUAUCAAUACGGAUGACUGCGCUUCGUUUCCCUGCCAGAACGGCGCGACUUGCCUGGACAGUAUCGGCGACUAUAACUGCGUGUGCGCAAGUGGCUUCGCCGGCAAACACUGCGAAGUCGACAUCGACGAGUGCCAGUCCAGACCUUGUAUGAACGGCGCCACUUGCAACCAGUACGUGGCGUCAUACACGUGCACUUGCCCGCUCGGCUUCUCGGGCAUGAACUGCCAGACCAACGAUCAGGACUGCACCGACUCCAGUUGUAUGAACGGUGGCACUUGUAUCGACGGAAUUAACUCUUAUAACUGUUCCUGUCCGCCUGGGUACACCGGCUCCAAUUGCCAGUUCCGUAUAAACAUGUGCGACAGCUCUCCUUGUAUAAACGGCGCCACUUGCCACGACCAUAUCACUUAUUACACCUGCCACUGCCCCUACGGAUACACCGGGAAACACUGCGAUGGUUACGUCGAUUGGUGCGAAGGCAAUCCGUGCGAGAAUGGAGCGACUUGUUCCCAAAAGGGACCCCAGUACACUUGCACGUGCGCACCAGGGUGGUCCGGAAAGCUGUGCGAUGUUGAAAUGGUGUCUUGUAAGGACGCAUCCAUACGGAAAGGUGUCAAAUUAAAACAGCUUUGCAAUAACGGCACAUGCGACGACAUCGGCAACUCGCAUCGUUGCCGCUGUCUAGACGGCUACACCGGCUCGUACUGCCAGAAAGAGAUAAACGAAUGCGACUCAGCUCCGUGCCAACACGGCGCCGUUUGCAAAGACCUCGUCGGCACUUACCAAUGCCAAUGCGCCAAAGGUUUCCAAGGCCAGAACUGCGAACUUAACGUGAACGACUGUUUGCCGAAUCCGUGUCAGAACGGAGGAACGUGCCACGAUCUCAUCAACAACUUCUCUUGUUCCUGCCCGUUCGGAACCUUAGGCAAGAUAUGCGAAAUCAAUGUGAACGAUUGUAAACAAGAUGCUUGCCACAACAACGGGACUUGUAUCGAUAAAGUAGGAGGAUUCGAAUGCAAAUGUCCACCAGGUUUUGUCGGCCCGAGAUGCGAAGGCGAUAUAAACGAAUGCCUGUCGAAUCCUUGCUCAUCGCCGGGAACUCAGGACUGCGUGCAGUUAGUAAACGAUUACCACUGCAACUGCAAACCGGGAUACAUGGGAAGACAUUGCGAUGCUAAAGUAAACUUCUGUGCGAACUCACCGUGCCAGAACGGAGGCAUCUGCACAGCUAUUCAGGGGGGUCACGAAUGCCUUUGCAACGACGGUUUCUAUGGCAAGAACUGUGAAUAUUCUGGAUACGCUUGCGACUCGAAUCCAUGUCAAAAUGGUGGCUAUUGUCGAACAGGUGACAACGGCGGCUACGUCUGCGAAUGCAAUAUCGGGUUAUCGGGAAUCAACUGCGAAAUAGAUUCCAUGAACGAAUGCCUCAGUGGCCCCUGUAAGCAUCCAGAAGCGAGAUGCAUUGAUAAACCUGGCGAUUAUUUGUGCUACUGCCCGCGACAAUGGACAGGCAAGAACUGUGAUAUCCAUGACCCACAUUCCAGAGGUGGUUACGGGAGCCCUAUUACCGGGGUGUAUAACAGCAAAAACCCAACGAUCAGUCUACAAGAACUCGACUUGGACUUCCAAAGGGAACAAUGUGUAAAACUGGGAUGCAAAGAAAAGCAAGGAGACCAUCGUUGCAAUGAGGAGUGCAAUACUUUCGCCUGCGAGUUCGAUGGCAACGACUGCUCUUUGGGUAUCAACCCCUGGGCAAACUGUACGGCACCGAUAAAAUGUUGGGAGGUGUUCAUGAACGGUGAAUGUAACGAAGUGUGCAACACGCAAGCUUGCUUGUUCGACGGGAGAGAUUGCGAGAAAUCGUUGCAGCGCUGUAACCCGAUUUACGACGCUUAUUGCCAGAAACACUAUGCCAACGGACAUUGUGAUUACGGCUGCAACAACGCUGAAUGUAACUGGGACGGGUUGGAUUGUGAAAACGAGCCACCGGAACUAGCCGAAGGUGUGAUGUCGGUGAUUCUCUUGAUGGACAUAAGAACAUUCAAAGAAAACUCAGUAGCUUUCUUGCGAGACUUAGGCCACCAGCUGCGAACUACCAUCCUCAUAAAAAAGGACCAUCUUGGCAACGACAUGGUCUACCCUUGGAAGGGAUCUACCGAUGUCGGUUUGCAAGACACAGAGUUUGGUAAAAAGCACCAUAUCGUGUUCACUGAGCGAGGCCAAAGCGGAGUCCAAGUGUAUUUGGAAAUCGACAACAGGAAAUGCACGACCACCUCUGGCUCGGAAUGUUUCUUCUCCGCGCGUGAAGCGGCAGAGUUCUUAGCAGCUACUGCUUCAAAACAUUCGCUAUCGCCAGACUUUCCGAUAUACCAAGUAAAAGGCGUGAACACCCCAACCGGAGGAGAGGAUAUCCAGACCAAUUCUAAAUAUGUUUUCAUUGGUGUGAUAUUAGUUUUGCUCGCCGGCUUGCUUAUAGGAGUGCUAGUGACAGCUCAAAGGAAACGCGCGGCGGGUAUAACGUGGUUCCCUGAAGGUUUCGCGAGGAGUAACUCUUCCUCAAGACGCAGGUCGAGAAGACGCGGCCCUGAUGGACAGGAGAUGAGGAACUUGAAUAAAGGCUCUAUUGGUUGUAUAGAUGUGGACAUAAAUGGAGGUCAUAUGGGUCCACCGCAUUGGUCUGACGAUGAUGAUGACGGAUCAGCACCUCCUAGAGCGAAGAGAGCCAGGGGCCCAGGUGAUGCAAAUGGUGCCCCAGGAGGUUAUGCUUCGGACCACACAGCGAUCACUGAUUAUGAAGAAGCCACACAUGAUUCGAGAGUAUGGACGCAACAGCACUUAGAAGCGGCUGAUAUUCGAGAUAUCAGAGUGCCGCCGAGCAUGAUGACACCACCAGCUAUUCACGACGGCCACGUAGACGUAGAUGCUCGAGGGCCCCUCGGCAUGACGCCUCUUAUGGUGGCAGCUGUAAGGGGUGGAGGAUUGGACACAGGAUCUGAUGCUGAAGAUGAACAGACGGCUCACGUCAUAUCCGAACUGGUCGCUCAAGGGGCGCAGCUCAACGCUGCCAUGGACAAGACUGGGGAGACUAGUCUGCAUCUCGCUGCUAGAUACGCCCGUGCGGAUGCUGCCAAACGUCUACUAGACGCUGGAGCAGACGCCAACUCUCAGGACAAUACUGGCCGCACGCCGCUUCAUGCUGCCGUCGCCGCCGAUGCUAUGGGAGUGUUCCAGAUCCUGCUUAGAAAUAGAGCCACCAACCUCAAUGCUAGAAUGCAUGAUGGAACGACGCCACUUAUUCUGGCAGCUAGGUUAGCCAUAGAAGGCAUGGUGGAAGACUUGAUCAACGCAGACGCGGAUAUAAACGCCGCAGACAACAGCGGCAAGACGGCGUUACAUUGGGCCGCGGCCGUCAACAAUGUGGACGCUGUAAAUGUGCUGCUUAUGCACGGGGCUAAUAGAGAUGCACAGGAUGACAAGGACGAGACUCCGCUAUUCCUAGGCGCUCGAGAAGGCUCAUACGGUGCUUGUCGAGCACUUCUAGACGCGAUGGCGAACAGAGAAAUAACAGACCACAUGGACCGGCUACCCAGGGACGUGGCCCAAGAGAGGAUGCACGACGAUAUCGUGAGGCUGCUGGAUGAGCACUGUCCUCGACCACCGCCGCAGCAUCAUCAUCUUAUGACAUCACCGAACCCUCACCCGCAGCUGAUCAGCCAGCCCACUGUCAUCAGCGCCACAGCGGCCAAGGGAAAACCCAAGAAGCCGCGCGCCAAAGCCGGCCCCGACAGCCCCCAGGACCAAGCCUACGACAACAACAACUUGCAGCAUACGCAGAUCAGACGGAAACCUAGUGUAAAAAAGAAUAACAAGAAGGUUGCGCAAGAGGUGCCACAGAGCGUGGAGAGCCUCGGCUGCAGCCUUAGUCCAGUUGAAUCGCCGCUGCAAAAUUUACAGUGUUUCCAGGACUUGCCGUCGCCGUACGACGCGACGUCGCUGUACUCGAACACGAUGGCGCAGUUCGCCGGCAUGGAGCAGCUCGUGCAGCACAAGCAGCCGCCCAGCUAUGAAGACUGCGUCAAGACGGGUCAGACACUUCAGCAGUCGUACGGCGGCGGCGCGUUGGGCGCCUCGUUAUCGCCGCCCUACUCCAACCACUCACCUACACACAGCAACCACACUAGCUCACCACAUGCCUAUAUUGGAUCACCGUCGCCGGGCAAGUCGCGGCCAUCGUUGCCGACGUCGCCGGCCCACAUGGCGGCGUUACGCCAUUCACAUCACCACUCACACCAUCUAGAUGCCAACGCUAGUGCCGCCGCCGCCGCCUAUUCUGCGCUUGCGCAUCUUGGUGCUAGCGGUCAGCACAACCCUCAGCUGCAAGCUAUGAUGACGCACGCGGCUGCGCUCGGACAAGUCCAAGGAGGUCAGCAUCCAGCGCUCAAUAGUUUAAGUCUGUAUGGGAGUUGGGGAUUAGGAGAGACAUUCCCAACGCCAUCCCCCGAAUCGCCAGACCAUUGGUCCACCCCCUCCCCCCAAACGCCGCUGACACAAUCGCCGCACUCUGAUUGGUCAGAUCGUGCCGCGUUGUCCCCCAACGACAUGCAACAAACCAAUAAGGGGGCGACUGAAGCAAUCUACAUAUAAAUAAAAUAAAAAAAAUAUGUUACUCGUUAAAACCCCGUGAUUUGUUGUUUUAAGGGUCAAUUCACAAUGUUUUGUGACGUUUUCUGUAAUGUAAAUGGUGUGGCUUAGGCCAAUAAAAUUGUACAAAGAAAUCAAAGGCACCCUGUAUAUUUGUUAAAGUGUAAAAUGCCAUUAUCGUAUUCGGUCUAUAGUUAUGUGUUAUAAGAAUUAUUUUAGACACACGAUAUCUGAUAGUGAAACGUAAGCAUGACGCCGGACGGCUCAAAAUGUAUUUUAUUUUUUAAUUACAGUAAAUUUUAAUAACGUUGCGUGUCUUUUAAAAAGGCUACGUGACGGAAAAACGUCACAAGUGUAAUUUUUGAGAAAUUUGGCAUUUCUGAAGCGAAGGUGUGUGUGAUGUCUCGAUUUGAAGAAAUCUCGAGGUGCUAGUGUGCCGUAGAUAUAGACUGAUUUGUACAGCCAUGACUCGUAGUGUAUACGUAUAGAUUAGCGCACUAUUGUUGCACUAACCCACAAUCUCGACACUUGAUAAGACUUACCGGUGUAUUUGUAGUGAAAAAAUGCAUUUUAUAUGUGAAUACAUGUAUCAGUUUUUGUUUGAUUCUGUCUGGUAGUAUUUUGUGUAUAAUAUAUUGCCUACCGUGUGUUCCAACCUCGAAUAUGCAUGCUAUAAUGCACGCAAUUCAUUAUUGAAUUUGAGUUGAAGACAUAAUUAUAUUUUUUUUUGAGAAUGACGAUAUUGUAUUUUAUAAACUCUAUUUUGGAAGUUUAAUAUAAAUACACCGAACACUAUUGACACAUUGUAAUACGCGUAUUGUUGUUGUUAUAUGUUUUUUUUAUUAACUUGUUUAUAUAUAACUCAGUGUUUGAAUCAUUAAUCUUAAUGGGAUUAUAGUAUUUCGCAUUUUGAGAUUGUUUUUGUAGUAAUUUUGGAGGGAAAUUAUUUAUGUGUGAUUCCGUAACGAAUAGUUUGUGUAAUUUAGUUUUUUCUUCUAUUAGACAAUACCCAGGUAAAAUUACAAAUUAAUGAACACAUUUCAGUUAAAAUUCCGUAUUGUACAUUUCCAUUAGCAAAAGAGACAUCUCAAAAUUUUUAUUUUUAGUUUUUUUUUUGUUAUAAAGAUUUUUAUAUCGAUCGUUUGGAGUUCAGACUCUUGACUAGAUAUAGACUAAAAUACGUUCUGAAGUUGACGUCUUUUUAUAUGAACUUGGGGGAAACGCAGUUUUUUCUAAGAUAUAAGCUUAUAUGAGUUUUUAUUUAUUUAAAAUAUUGUUAUAGACGUCAACUAUGGAAACGAUAUUCCAUUUAGAUUAUUAUUUUUUAUUAAAGUUUUAAGUAUCUUCCGCUUAACUAAGUCAUUCCACGUUGAAGCUUCCAGAUACUCGAUAAAGAGGCAGUUAAUAUAGUAAUUCAAACAUUUAUAAUAGCUCAAACAAAAUUAGUUCCAAGAUUUCGACUUAAUGUCGUAUGUUUGUUAAUUGUAAUUCUCUCGUUGUUUGAAAGAGAUUUAUUUGAAAUAAUAUACAGCUCUUAACACAUUCCAUUAUGAAUUCCAUGAAAACAACCUCUCCUUUUAAAGUUUUCCAAAAAGUACGCGAAUCGUGCUUUAAGAUCUCAUCAUUCCAUUAUUUUGCUUUAGAGGAACCUUCCAAAUUUGUAUAACAUUCUCCUUGGGACCAUACUCUGUGCUCAAUUGUUUAACUCCACGUUUGUAUGAUAUUAUUAUUAAUAUUGAUAGUUUAGGAGGAAUAUUUCUGCUGAUGUCGUGUGAAAUGCUUACAUUAUUGUAAAUAUUAUUUUUAUCCUUUUUAAAUGUAAUAUUUAAAGGUUCGAAAGAAUGAUCUUCGUAGAGUUAGCGUUAGUUUGUAAGUUAAAUUUCUCUUUCUGUGUCAUCGUUAAGUGCCAACGAGCAAAUCAAACUUAACAUUUGUAAUGAAAAGGCCUAUACAGUUGUGUCGUUUUUCGACGAAAUGCCCUGUCGUUUAUAUAAAAACAUUUAUGUAGACUUCAACGCGCGUGAUACUAUUAUUUUAGAUGUAGUCAGAGUACAGAUGGGUGAAACGUGUGCUUCCUUUAAUGCAUUCUCGUUGUUAAGUAAAUUAAGUAACUGUACCCAAUAAAAUCCAAAUCAAUUGGAUUAAAGUACAAAUGUAUAUAAAUUUGCCUCCGAAAUGUCAAUUUUUUACUUAUAUCAUUUUUACACGCCAACGACAGACACUCUGUGAAAUAUUUUUAACAGUAAUUCUUAUACUUUUCAAACAUAUUCAUACAUCGAGGCACAUCUUGAUCUUUUUGUGUAGUUCAGUAUAAAUUAUGAGAAUAGUACUCGUAUAUUUGAUUGCUUAUUAUAAAGGGCACAAAUGUAAGAAACAAAUUGAAUGAUCUUAAAUCUCUGCGUGCCUUUAAACUAGUUGUAAGGAUAGGGAAAAAAACAUUGUAAUUUAACUAUUUGGCAUAAUUUAAAUGAAAUACGCUAGUUAAGUAAACGCCUGUAAAUACAUUUUAUGAUGACUAUUUUUAUGAAAUGCAUUUCUUUGUAAGAUUCUAAAAUAUGAGGAGAAUGAACUUUUUAAAUAUUUUCCCCCUAACUGACAAUAAAGGAAUAAAAAUAUU